AAAGUUUCGGCAGAUUUCCUCACCAGUUAUAUAAAUGUAUAACAUCUGGCAUCCCUGGCCGAGUUAUCGAUGUGCUCGCACGAAAUCAAUGCUGAAACCAGCUGUUCGUCGCCGGCCAUGCGCACUGCCCAAAACUAACGGUUAUAGCUGUGCGCUGCUCUGUUUUGUUCCUGCGUAAUGGACCGCUUUUUGUUAGCAGUCCAACAUUUGUGGCGUCACACGGCAACUGCAGCAGCUCGAGGCACCAUAACAUACAAAACGAGUCGAGGGGACAGCGUAUCCAUACGAUACGCUCGCUCGCACAUCAAACCACAAGUGGCAGCAAGUACAAAAGUUUUACAAUUCCAUCGCACGCAUCCGCUUCCGAGGAAUUUCAAUAUGGCAACAGCAGCAGCGGCAACAGAAACAGCAACGUCGGCGCUAAUUGAGUUGUUAUUGAUGGCGUGCAAGGCCAACAACGCAGCAAAGGAGUCGUUCACGAACUAAAGCUCCCUUCCACCCCACCCCCAUAAAGGCAGCACAAAGCAGCAGCAGCAGCAGCAAGGCCUACGAUAAGAAUAACGGGACACGACACACCGUAAGCAACAGUACAACGGAACAGAACCCAAACAGCAGCAAGGGAGUGUGAGAACGAGUGAGCGGGACGGAGAGGGUGGCCGUGGCCCUACUCUCCCAGUGCAAUAUGGAGGACCUUUUUCUGCUAAUUAUCAAGGAGUCGACGGGCACGAAACAUAACGCUUUGCGACAAACGGCGCAAAUUGCUUACGAUAAAUUGUACCGCCAGCAUGGCAUCCACCGGGAUCCAUCGCACGAGCUGCGCUCGGUCUGCUUCACGGCCCUGCAGAUGGCACUGGACACCAAGCGGCCAAAGUUCAUCACGAUGGGCCUUAAUGGGCUGCAUCGCGUUAUCAAGGACGAACGUUUCUAUAUUGGCCUAGAGCCCGAGGACGAUUCCGUGUGGCUGCCAUCGCAGCUGCUGCGUGCCACCAAUGGCAUCCUGCCAUCGACCAGCAGCGAGGACACCGUGGUCAAUGUGCUGCGGCUCUUCCUGGCCAUGGCCUGCUCGCCGGCCUGCACAUUGAAUGGCCGCCUGCUCAUCGAGAUACUAUCCCGCUGCGGCGAGUGCUGGGAGAUGGGCUCCCGGGCCACCAAGGCCGCCUCCUUGGCGGCUGCCUCCCAAUGCCUGCGCACCUUUUGCGCUUUCCUCAUCGAGGAGGCCGAGGAGGUGAAGAAGACGGCGCCAGCGGGUCUGAUGACCCAGACACAGGCCUCGGCCGUCUACAACGAGGUGAUACCCGUGAUGCAGUGGCUCUGCAGCCGCCUGGUGGAGCCCAAUGUCAACACAUCGCCCAACAAGAAGUGCGAGAAUCACAGCUCCCUCUACCUGACCGAAUGCAUACUGACCCUCAGCUCGGCCCUGCCCCGCAACGUUCAUGCCAAUCCGCACUUCACCUCCUUCCUGUGGCAAAAGUUCUGCCCCACAUUGGCCGCCGCCCUGGGCUCGCCGGGACGCAUCAAUCUGGACAAAAAGUUCACCUACAAAGAUGCUCUCCACAUGAUUGAGAACGAGGCACGCGGCUUCUUUACGGGCCCUGGCCUGGACGGACCCCAGGCACGAUGCGUUUACCUGACGGCCAUUCAGCUGCUGCGUAUUGCCGGGGCCCACGGCUCGCUGCGUCCCAUGCUGGAGGCACUGUUCCAUCGUAUGCUGCUGCUGCCGGCGCCCCAGAACCGCACAGAGCCGCUGCGCUGUGUCCGGGAGAUAUUCAAGAGUCCCGAGCGGCUGAUCGAUCUGGCUGUCAUCCUGUACGUGGACAAGAACACGGCCCAGGGCUGUAGCGAUGAAAUGGCCCUCUUCAGACUCUUGGUGGAUGCCAUGGAGGAGUGCGCCUAUGGGGCCAGCGGUGCUGGGGGUAGCGCCUGCACGGAGGCCAGCCUCCAGGCCAGCGUUGAGUGCAUGGUGGCCCUGCUGGACAGCCUGCAGGUGCUCUGCAGCGGUGAUGUGACCGAAUCGAUGAUCAGCGAUCAGAUUGUCCAGGUGGUGAACUCUCGCCACGAUCUGCUGAAGGAUGCCGACUAUUCGGGGCCCUUGACCUACCAGAGCAUGGCCCGGCUGCCGGCCCCCUAUCGGGAUGCCAUUGUGGAGUUCCGCCAGAAUGUGUUCGAGACCUCCUCGGGAUCGGAGAGCGAUGGCGAGCCGCCGAACGAGCAGGACGGCGCCUCUAAUGGUUCGGGCGAUACGGAGGGGCCCGAGGACGAUGAGCACAGCAGCUCCAGUGAUGAGACGUCGCGCGUGGAGAAUCGCUGGCCCUACUCCCACCUGGAGGCGCCCGUCAUGCCCAUUCGUACGGACAGCGACAACGAUCGACAGCAUGCCCGUGACUUUGCCCGUGCGCUGCGGCAGGAUCUGGUCCCGAAACUGCUGCGGCUGCGCAGCUGCGUGGAACUGGACGAGGCCAUGCAGGAGUUCGCCUCGGCGGUGUGCCAGGAGAACAGCAUGAACUUCUCGGACUUCGACUACAAUCUGACGGCCAUCAAUGCGGAUGGCAUCUACCUGGCCAUCUACUCCUCGCUGCUGCUCAGCCUCCAGCUGAUGCGCGCCGGCUACUACGACCAGGCGGUGCCCGUGCCCGCGGCCCCCAACCGCGACAUCCUGGUGCCCAUGUCCGAGCAGCAAUUCGUGACCUCCGUGCAGAACACGGGCGUGCUGGUGUACCUAUCAUCGCCAUGGCUGUGCGAGCUCUAUCAAUCGGUGACCAUGUGCAACAUCCUGGAGGCCAUGUCCCGCCAACAGCUGGAGGGCAUUGGUCCGCGUUGCGCCCUCGUCGAUAUGCUGUGCGACGCGGGCGGCCUUGGGGCCACACAGAUGCUAUCCGAGUGGCAGCGCCUGCAGACGGCCACCCAGGUGAAGCACAGCGACGACGAGCAGCACGACAAGCGGCGCGAGGCGGCCAAGAAGCUGUGCCGACGGCUUCUCACCUGCUGCUGGGACUCGAUGGUGAUUGUGCUCAGUUCGGGGCUGGGCGAUCUGCAGACAGCGUCUGCCUCCAACAAGCUGGUGGCCCUGUCCAAGCGCACGCUGAGGGUCAAGGCCAAGGCGAACAAGUCCAACGGGGAGGCGCUGUAUGCCAUGUGCCUGGAUGGACUGCAUUCGGCGGCCACGCUCAGCAACAGUCUCAACCUGCAGCAUUUGGCCGGAAAGAUUCUCAACCUGUUGGCCUCGAAUGUGUGCCAGACGACGGGGCCGCGCAUCUCCGCCAGCCAGGCCAUGUCCAUGGAUGUGGUGCUCACGGGCGGCCUCAAUCUGGGCAGCUACAGUGCCGACUGCUGGCCGAGCAUCUUUGCCGUGUGCCGGCAUGUCAGCCAGCUGGAGCAUGAGAUAUUUAGCAUGCAGAAUCCAUCCAUAUCGGCAUCGCCGGGCAGCAGUCGCAGGGAUCUGGAGACGGGCGAGAAGCUGAGCAAUGGCAACAGUGCCCAGGAUAAGCUGAAUCUCUCCUCGAUACCCAUCGAUGAUGAUGAGACCUGCGUUGAUGUCUAUAGCUUCCUGCAGGCGCCCAUGCAGAGCCCCAACACGAACAUCACAUGCAUACUGAAGGUCUAUUCGGGCACCAAUGAGGCGGUGCUGCUGAGCCAGUGCGACACCUCCAAGGUGCUGUGCGCGUUGUCCCAUCAGGCGGAGAAUCUGUUCAGUGAUGCCGCCGAACGGCUCAGCCUUCCGUCGCUGUGCCAGUUCCUCAAGCAUCUGUGCCGUGCCUCCCGCGAGCAGCUGUACAAGAGCCAGGUGGCCCGCAAGGGCACACGCAUCUGGUGGCCCAGCAAGGGCUGGAAGAAGCUCGACUCGCUGCCCAUGUCGCUGCUCCUGCAUCGCAUCGGUGAUGUGACGCUCAAGGUAUUUCGCAGCUCGCGGCCGCUGCUGCACGUGCUCAAGGUGUGGGCCAUAACGGGACCGCAUCUGAUGGAUGCCGCCUGCCACAGAGAUCGCAUGAUCUCGAAGCGGGCCAUCGAGUACAUACACGACAUCAUAACGGCCCUUCUGGUGGAGCAAUCGGAGCUGCCGUAUUUCCACUUUAACGAGGCCUUGCUGAAGCCCUUUGAGAAUCUGCUCAGCAUGGACACGGAUGUGGAUGUGCAGGAUCAGAUUGUGGCCUGUCUCUACGAGGUGGUAGAGGCACAUCGCACCGAGAUACGCUCCGGCUGGCGGCCGCUCUUCGGUACACUGCGCAACGCCCGCAGCCGGAUGCUCAACAUGAGCAAUAUCAUCGACAUCUUUCGCGUGUUUCUCGAUUCGGACAACACGCUGGUGUUCGCCAAUGCCGGACUCGACUGCAUACUGUGUCUUCUCUCGUAUUUGGAGAUCUCUGGUGGUGGCAGCAAUAACAAUAAUACUUGCACCGGCACCAGCAGUGGCCCAGGAGCAGGCGCAGGCGCAGCUGGUGGAGAGGAGGAGAAUGCCUUUAGGCCGACAGACUUUUUGCACGAGACGUUGCGCUUUCUGGAGCGCUGCUCCAGCAUACUGGGCUUCAUGUACAGCAUGCCCAAGUGCCCGAACUUCCACUCGACGUACAAAAUCAAGGGCAUCUCGUACACGCACAUUAUCGACGCGAACAUACCCAGUUCGAUGGAGAAUUUCACGUACUUUGGCAACGACUAUCUGCAGACGCGCAACGAGCAGUAUAUGAUCUCCUACCGCUCGCUGCACAUCGACAAGGACACCAUUGUGAAGAUCGAUGAGAUGGACAAGCCGUCGGGCGUGCUCAAGGUGUGGUUCCUCCUGCUGGAUGGCCUCACCAACUCCCUGAUCGUCUGUCCGUAUUCGCACCAGGCGCCAAUACUGCAGACGAUCUUUAAGCUCUUCAAGAAUCUGCUGGCCACGCCGGGCAUAGAUUUUGGUUUCUAUUGCAUCAAUCAUUUGCUGGUGCCGAUGAUCCAGGACUGGCUGCGGUACAUCAACAAGACGGGCGCCUCCUGGCAGCUCAUCGAGAAGAAUUUCAAGCACUGCUGUUGCAUGACCACCGACCUGGUGGUGGAGUUUAUUGAGAAAUCAGUGCCCGAGCAGCGUCGCUUGGGUGCCGGCACCAAGACGCGUCUCACCCAGAUUGUCCAUCCCGCCGAUAAUCUCAUCUACUCGAAGCUCAAGUUCGUGACGGAGCGGAUCGAGCAGCAGGAGCUGCCGAAUCUCAAUCUCAAUCCCACGACACAGGCUGGGGUGGGUGUGGGUUCGGGUGCAGUCCCCGACGCCAGCAGCAGCAGAUAUGAUAGCAGCUCCAGUUCGGCCAGCGAGGAGGAGCAGCAUCAACAACAGCAGCACCAACAGCAGCAGCAGCAGAAGGGCGGCACGGGAGUAGGGCCUGCCACAGCUGGGGCCACCUCCACGGGCAGCAGCAGCAACCUGAUCGAGUCCCCCACCAAGAUCUCCAGUUCGGCCACGCUGGCCCUCAAGCAGCUGCUGCUGGUCCUCAUCGAAUGCGCUUCACAGUCACAGGAGGCGAUCGCACGCAUUUCGGUGUCCUGCCUGAAGCACGUCAUCCUGUCGACGGGCAUGCUGUUCAACGAGUCGCAGUGGAUGAUCGCCUGCUCGGCCAUCCAUCGCGCCUGCACCGUGACCAUUGCCCCCCUGCGGCAGCUCUCGUUCGCCUUCCACGAGAAGUCCAAUAGCUUCUACGGCGACUGUGCCAACGUGAAGGUGGCCGCUCGGCGUGACAGCAGCCUGGAGGAGCUGGCCCGCAUCUACUCGCUGGCCCAGCAGGUCUUCCUCUCGGACAAUCAGCGGGAGCCCGGCCAGGGGCAGGGCCCCAGCGGCACGGGGCCCGGUGCGGGCACGGGCGGACAAUGCAAGCUGUCGGACGACCGGAGCUACUCCUUCCUGCUGUACCCCCUCAACAAUGGCUUCAAUUCGAAUCUGGACAACUUUGUUAUACGGAUUCCGUUCAAGAAUCUGGUGGUGGGGCUGCUGGCCAACCAGAUGCUGCUGCAGCUGGUGGCCAAGCUGCUGCUGUCGCGGCUCAAGUGUGUGCCCCAGGCGGUGUCCACAUGCAUCUUUGACAAUUAUGCGGGUGCGGCAGCCACGCCCAGCCACGACUACGAUUUGGACUUUCGCUCCAAGGAGAUAUUGCUGCGCUGCGUCAAGCAGUACCUGAUGUCCGCCCUGGAGUUCGACUCGCGGCCGGGCCUCAAGUUCCUCAUGCAGAAGGUCUCCAAUAUCGAGUAUGCGGCCAAUCUCUACAAGCAGAUGACCUCCUCCUGGAUGAUCUACUACAUAGCCCUCGUCGACUCGCACCUGAACGACAUUGUGGUGUACAACCUGGGGCCGGAGGAUCUCAACUUCAUCCUGGAGUCCUGCUCGCGGCUGAACACCACCACCGUGAAGAAGAAGGAGAACUUUGUGCGGUAUCUGUUCUGUCUGCAGGAUGCCUGGAAUCUAGUCUGUGAGCUCUACCUGAGCAAUUCGGCGCUGCACGACCUCGAGACGGGCUCGGGCGGCAGCAGCAGCAGCAGCAAGCUACGGCCGGAGCAGUCUGCAACGGCAGCUGCCAACAAGAAGCCACCAAUGGCGGCGCCGCCCCACCAUCCGCACCCACUUGCACACACACACCCCAACCUGCAUCCGCAUCCGCAUCCGCAAAUGGUGGGCAAACCCAUGUGCAUCUCGCUGAAUGGGAAUGGCAAUGGGGCUGCCGAUGCAGAGAUGACCGAGGCCGCCGGAUCGGGUGGAUCGCCCAGCAAAUGCGUGCAGCAGCAGCAGGAGGAGGAGAAUGUGACGAUGACAACGCUGAUCAGCGAAUUCCAGCCCAAGUGCCGCAACAAUCCGUUCGAUACGAAUCGGCAGGCCAAGUCGGAGGCAGAGUCCAUAUCGCCGGAGAUUGAGCAGCAGCGGGCGAGCAGCAUUCUAAAGGACUCCAACUAUAAGCGGGCGGCACUCGCCCAACUGGUGGUGGCCUCGAUGGAGCUGCUGCGCUCGCUGCCCGGCGAGGCCGAGGAGAAUCUUAAGCUGCUGAUGACGCCCACCAUACGGGAGGCCUUCCGGCUCGUCCAGCUGCAGGGCAACGAGCUGAAGGUCAACCAGUUUUAGGCAAUGCUUGUUGAGUUUUAUUUUGAUCUUUAGGCGCAGCUAAAACCGGCCCCUACUCAGUAUCCAGUAUCCUGCUACCAGUUUCCCCCAGUAUCCCCCAGUUCACCUUAUCCCAAUCCAAAUCCCAAUCCGCCUGCCAACGGCUAAACUACAGCUACGUCUGCAUCUUGUACUGCUCACGCCCUGUCACCUCUCAAAACUAUCUUUCUCUCUGUAUCCGUAUCCGUAUCUAUGUGUCUCUCUCUCUCUCUCUCUCUCUGUCCGUAUCUAUAAACCGCCCGCAGUUCCCUAGCACAGCAGGCAAAACCAUUUCAAAGUAAAAGCUCAACAUGUCAGCCAGCACAAAGCAAACAAAGAAAAAGUACAACGGUAUAAACCAAAAGGAAAGCAAAGGAAAGGAAGGGAAGAAAGAUCACCAGGAUCCAGAUUCUGAAGAAGAUGAAGAAGUAGUUGACUAGAAGAACUAGCAUAAGCACGUGAAGAACGUGUGUGUAGUCCUGUAAAUUAUAUUUAGUCGAAAAAACUUUCUCUCAACCUGAACCUCAGCCUCCUGCCCUCCUGAAAGCACGUUCUCCCCCACACACCACACACCCCAAUAUGCAUAUAUAAAUGUAUUGUAAAGAACUGUUAGCUAGCUAGUCCCAAAACAGACAUCCGAGCCCCCCUUCCCAAAAGCAACAUCACCCCCCAACCCAAGGAAAAAUAUAAUAUUAUAUAUAUAAUAUGCAUUAAGAUUAUAGCAAACUGUAAACGUAUGUAAAACUUAUAGCGAAUGUUAACUAACACAAAAUCAGUGCCGCCCAUUAAUCCACGAUUACCACCAUUACCGAUUAGACACAAACACACA